AUGUUGCCGGUCUCUUGGUCUUUCACAUUCCCACUCUUCCUUUUAUCACACUUUGCGUCCACCCGUACAAUCCACAAGCAUGGCCAAACCUGCCAGAUCCUGCGCAACAUGACCUGCGAUGAUCAGUUCGCAGAUUUCCGGUGGGAUGUUUUUCAGCAUGAGACGGUGAAAAGCUUCACUACAAUAGCUACGUGUGACCAGCUACGCGACAUCAAGCGGAUCUUUCUACGAAGGUCAUUAUGCCUACCAUGCAGCAAACUAUUCGACUCGGGCGAACUGGAAGAAAGAAUGAAGAAACUCUGGCAACGCGUCUACUGCAGUGGAUGCAAAACCGAACACCCAGAACUUCUUUUCCGUCAAGGUGAUAGAGGAUCUAACAUCUGCGUGGGACUACAGGGUGAAUUUGCCCUUUGCAAACAUAUAAAGGUCUCGGGCAAGGUCAAGGUACAUGAUGGAGAAUAUCAUAAACUUGCUUGCACACACACGGAACACUUUGAACAGCUACCAAACUUCAAACGUUACCGCCCAUUUAUUUUGUCCUUUCGCAGCCUCGGUGGCGUCUCUUCGGAGUACUCAAGAUCUUUUCCCUUGGUAAAGAUUGCUCCUGAACAAUACCCUGGAAUGCCGGCUUUGAAGUCGCGGCUAUUGAAACAACUAAAAGAAACACAUUAUGAUGGACUCUGUCACCACAGUUCGACUCAACUUGAAUCUAUUGUGUCGUCUUUACCAUCUGACAAAUGCGACUGUUUCCCAGCCGAGGGUCUACCUGUUCGGCAGCCCGAGCCUAUAACCUUGCGUUACUAUUGGUGUAAGAACCACGGUUACGAUUGUCGCCACUGCGGAGCACAUUACCUUUGGUAUUACGACAACAAUUGUGUCGUCCUUCGUGUUCAAAUUCCAUUUGGCAACAGUAAUGUUUACAACAUUGGCUGGCUUUCGAACAUUACAUUCCAUUCUGAUGAUUAUACUACUCAUCCCAUCUUGAACGAAAACACCAAGGGUAUUCUCUGGUGCACUGACCCGUCAUGUGGCACGGGCUGUGGAAAUCGUUGGCUGUUGAUGGUGGAGAUACUUGAAAGGCUUUCACUUCGUCAGCCUGGGGUAUACAAGAGCCUUCCUCCACGGGACCGCUCUUCUGCCGCCAAUUUGCCUUACACGCUUGAAUAUCAAGUUUUUCAGAACGCGGCAGGCUGGUUAACUCGACCAGAUAUGCUAUCACUUGAACUUUUAUUCCCAAGAGCGACAAAGUUUGUGUAG